GCCAAGAGAUUCAACUUACCCACAGAAAACCCUAGCCGGCGUUUACUACCUAGUCCUUUCUUUCCCAACCAACAGCCACAUACAUAGUUGGACAUGACGGAGUUUCAGCUCUUAAUCGCCUCCGAUGAGACGCCGCCGUUGUCCCUGCUUGCGGUGGCAAGAGUUGCCGCUGUUUCCCUCACCGUCCACCCCACUCUCACGGCCCCCUCGCCGCCGGUCCUUGUUCUAACCAACGGGACGAAGUUACGUGGAGUCAAUGUACUUCUUCGAUAUCUUGGUCGUACAGCAACAACUAUUCCCAGCUUCUACCAGCGAGACGGCUUGGAAACCGCACAGAUUGAUGAGUGGCUCGAGUAUGCGCCUAUCUUUUCUAUUGGUUCUGAAUAUGAGGGAGCAUGCAAGUACGUUGACAGCUAUUUGCUGCAUCACACUUUUUUGGUUGGUCAAAGUUUAUCAGUUGCAGAUAUUGUUGUCUGGUCAUAUCUUGCAGGGGCUGGUAAGAGAUGGGAAAGCCUAAUGAAGUCGAAGAAGUACCAAAAUCUAGCGAGGUGGUACAGUAUGAUUUCUACCGAGCAUGCUGCCGUCUUGGAUCAACUAACAGCAACGUAUACUAAGAAAAAGGACUCAGCGCCCGUGAAAACAAAAGAAACCGUACAAGGUCCGAGUUCUAACAAACAGGUUGUUUCGAGCCGACCUGAAGUCGAUCUACCCGAUGCAGAAAUGGGAAAGGUGUGUUUGCGGUUCGCACCCGAACCGAGUGGUUAUUUGCACAUUGGGCAUUCUAAGGCUGCUUUGAUGAAUCAGUAUUUUGCUCAACGGUAUAAUGGGAAAGUAAUCGUGCGAUUUGAUGAUACGAAUCCUGCUAAGGAGAGCAAUGAGUUUGUGGAUAAUCUGUUGGUAGAUAUUAAAACCUUGGGUAUUAAUUACGAGAAAGUUACGUAUACUUCUGAUUACUUCCCACAACUCAUGGAAAUGGCGGAAAAGUUGAUUAAAGAAGGAAAAGCGUAUAUCGACGACACCCCACGUGAGCAAAUGCAGAAAGAACGAAUGGACGGUAUAGAUUCAAAGUGUCGAAACAAGAGUGUUGAUGAAAACAUGAAGUUAUGGAAAGAGAUGAUUUCUGGAUCUGAAAGGGGAUUACAGUGCUGUUUGAGAGGGAAGUUGGACAUGCAAGAUCCAAAUAAGUCACUUAGGGAUCCUGUUUACUACCGUUGCAACCCAAUGCCACAUCACAGAAUCGGGUCCAAGUACAAAAUUUAUCCAACAUAUGAUUUUGCAUGCCCGUUUGUUGAUUCUAUUGAAGGUAUUACACAUGCCCUUCGAUCUAGUGAAUAUCAUGAUAGAAACGCUCAGUAUUAUCGGAUUCAGGAGGAUAUGGGGCUCAGGAAGGUUCAUAUAUAUGAAUUUAGUCGGUUAAAUAUGGUUUAUACGCUUCUUAGCAAGCGUAAGCUUCUAUGGUUUGUUCAAAAUGGAAAAGUUGAUGGAUGGGAUGAUGCUCGUUUUCCAACUGUUCAAGGAAUCGUGCGCAGAGGUUUACAAAUUGAGGCAUUGAUACAGUUCAUACUUGAACAAGGGGCAUCGAAGAAUCUGAAUCUUAUGGAAUGGGAUAAGCUCUGGAACAUCAAUAAGAAAAUAAUCGAUCCAGUUUGUCCCAGGCAUACUGCAAUCCUUGAAGAAGGCCGUGUGUUGUUGACUUUGACUAACGGGCCCGAGACACCAUUUGUACGCGUGGUACCAAAGCAUAAGAAAUAUGAGGGGGCUGGUGAGAAGGCUACCACUUUUACAAAGAAGAUAUGGCUGGAGCACGCUGAUGCUACGGCCAUAUCUGUGGGUGAGGAAAUUACGUUAAUGGAUUGGGGAAACGCAAUCGUUAAAGAAAUUAACAAGGGCCCGGAUGGAAUUGUGACAGAGUUAGUUGGGGUUUUGCAUCUGGAAGGAUCGGUUAAGACCACAAAACUUAAACUUACUUGGUUACCUGAGAUUGAUGAACUUGUUCCAACAACUCUUGUUGAGUUUGGCUACCUGAUCACCAAGAAGAAGCUGGAGGAAGACGAGGAUUUUGUUGAUGUGCUGAACCCGAGUACUAAGAAAGAGAUUGCAGCAUUGGGAGAUGCAAAUAUGCGAAACUUGAAGCGUGGAGACAUAUUGCAGCUGGAGAGGAAAGGCUACUUCAGAUGUGAUGUUCCUUUCAUUAGACCUGGAAAGCCUAUUGUGCUCUAUUCUAUUCCAGAUGGCAGGCAAGUUACAAAGGGGUAGACUGACAGACCACCACCCGGUUUAAUUUAAUUUUAAUCUACUGCUAUUUCCAAGUUUUUUUUUGUGCGAUUUGGGACGUUGUUAUACAUCAUCUAUUGGUGACUUGUAUUUGUAAAGAUUUUGGAACUAAUAUGAAGUGUUGUUGCUUGCUUUGCUUGCUUGCAACUGAUGCGGUUUCAUGUUUA